CCCGUUUUCAGGUUUAUUUUGAAAAUCUUUUGCGGAGGUUUAGUGCUGCGUUUACGGAAACUUGACACCGUCGGGAGAAUCGGGAGAAUCCAGCGGAGAGAAUGUGGCAUUCAGGGAGAGGAGGGAACGGCAAGAGGAGCGUCGGCAGCCGGAGGGUCGUGUGAAGUACCAAAGUCCGAAUUCUGGAUGAAAGUCUUCUGUUUUUUUCCUGCGUGGGGGUGAAACUUUCAUCUGACGCUCUUGGAAGUUUAUAAAAACGCGUAGAAACGGGAUUUCCCUGGAAUACUAAUGCGCGGAUAAACGUUACUUUGGAAUCUUCCUCAACACCGACGCCGUGUCCGUUAAAUGUCGGGGAUGAAAAAGUUUCUGUGUGUUUACUGAAGAGACGGCUUCCACCCAGCCCCCACCCCCCACCCCCCUGGCCGACCCUGGAAAUAACAACUCCCUGAAAUAAAGAGAGCAGGAGCGGGAAACUAAGCUGCAGAGAUCUUUCUCUCCUUUUGUCUCUCCUGGUGCUCAGAGGAAACCUCAUUGAGGAGUUUUUAUCUUCACUUUGCUUCCUGGCUGUCAGCUGAGUAUCACAGGGAGGAAGUGGAGGUCUCACCUGAGGCAGGUGCACGUCUCCGGCGCUCAGCAUGAGGCCCUGAGGAGGUGGCGGGAUUUUCUGUAAAGCUGGUUGGAUUUUAAGGAGGAGGGAGCAUGGGGAAGGAGCAGGACCUCCUGCAGGCGGUGAAGAGCGGAGACCUGCUGUCCACCCAGAAGCUGCUGUCCAAGCUGAAGACCAACAGGAACAGUUCAUCCUGUGUUUAAACACGAGCUGUUUUGACUCCUCCCCGUUUAAGGACUUCCUCUUUUUAAAGACUGGCCAACUUCUGGAAGCCUGCUGACAAGAACCAGCCAGGAAGUGAGUUUCAAGCACUGGAGCUAAAGUCGGAUGGACUUCUUCAGCUCUUAAGAUUACCAUAACCUGGGUGAUGAAGAGCUUACAGACAGCUCAGGAAGAGAGUGUUGGUGUCUGAGUCGUUGUUUCCACACGUCUUCGUUCCUGAAGAGCUGCUGGGCUCCACUAAGAGGCUGAAUGUGAACUACCAGGACUCAGAUGGGUUCUCAGCGCUGCACCACGCCGCUCUCACAGGGACGAGCGAGCUGCUGGCGGCGCUGCUCGAGGCUCAGGCCACUGUGGACAUCAAGGACAGUAACGGAAUGCGCCCGCUGCAUUACGCAGCCUGGCAGGGAAAAGCCGAAUCGGUCCUGAUGCUGCUGCGCUCCGGAGCCUCGGUCAACGGCGCCUCGCUCGACGGCCACAUCCCGCUGCACCUGGCUGCUCAGUACGGACACUACGAAGUGUCUGAGAUGUUGCUGCAGCAUCAGUCUAACCCGUGUCUGGUGAACAAAGCCAAGAAGACUCCUCUGGAUCUGGCCUGUGAGUUCGGACGAGUUAAGGUGGCCCAGCUGUUGCUGAGCAGUAACAUGGUGGUGGCGCUGCUGGAGGGCGAGAGGAAGGAGCCGACGGACUCGGCCUUCACCACCCCACUGCACCUCGCCGCUCGCAAUGGGCACAAGGACGUCAUACGGCUGCUGCUGAAGGCCGGCAUGGACAUCAACAAGACCACCAAGUCUGGAACGGCUCUGCACGAAGCGGCGCUGUACGGGAAAACUGAAGUGGUCCGACUGCUGCUGGAUGCCGGAGUGGACGUGAACAUCCGAAACACCUACAACCAGACGGCGCUGGACAUCGUCAACCAGUUCACCACCUCGCACGCCAGCAGGGACAUCAAGCAGCUGCUACGAGAUGCGACGGGUGUUUUGCAGGUCAGAGCUCUGAAGGAUUACUGGAACCUCCACGAUCCCACCGCCCUCAACAUCCGGGCCGGAGACCUGAUCACGGUGUUGGAGCAGCACGUGGACGGACGCUGGAAAGGCCACAUCCACGACAGCCAGAGAGGCGUGGACAGAGUGGGCUUCUUCCCUCCGACCAUCGUGGAGGUCAUCAGCAGGAGAAACGGUUCGUCUCCGAGCCGUCUGUCUCAGUCUGGGUGUCCCUUCGAGGACAUCUGGGUUCUCAGGGACUCGUGUCAUGCCGGAGACAGAAACAGCGUCGGGAGCACCGGCAGCGUGGGCAGCACCCGCAGCGCUGGCAGCGGGCAGAGCACCGAGAGCAGCCACGCCCCCAACGGACUGCAACACCACGCCAGUCACCAUGACAACAAGGCGGCGCCCUCUGCUGUUGAUCCGGGGCAGUCUGCAGACCUCAGCAGGCCAGCCGAUCAUCCUGCAGGUGGGACUCCUCGGAGGCAGACGGUGACGGUGCAGAGACCCGCAGAGCAGAGCUUCUCCCAGCAGUUUGUUCGUCCUCAGCAGCUGCUGGAGGGGAAGGAUGCAGAAGCCAUCUAUCAGUGGCUGAGUGAGUUCCAGCUCGAGCAGUACACCGGAAACUUCCUGAACGCUGGAUAUGAUGUACCGACCAUCAGCAGGAUGACCCCUGAGGAUCUCACGGCCAUCGGAGUGACUAAACCAGGACACCGCAAGAAAAUCUCCAUCGAGAUCAACAACCUGAACAUCCCCGAAUGGCUGCCAGAGUACAUCCCAUCUGAUCUCUGCGAGUGGCUCAGUGCCAUCGGCCUCCCGCAGUACCACAAAAAACUCUCAGAAAAUGGCUACGACUCCAUCAGCAUCGUCAAAGACCUCACCUGGGAGGAUCUGCAGGAGAUCGGCAUCACCAAGCUGGGCCACCAGAAGAAGCUGAUGUUGGCAGUUAAGAAGCUGUGUGACAUCCAGAGAGCAAUCCUUCAGGCUGAAUCAGGCCAAGGCACGCUGCGACGCAAAGGUCCCGGAGCCCUUCACCUGGUCGCCAUUGAGGCCGACGGUAGCAGCGAAUGCUCUUCGCCUCACACCCCGAAGAUGCUGACCUUCCAGGACAGCGAGCUGAGCGCCGAGCUUCAGACAGCAAUGUCAAGCCACUACGGAGGCUGCGAGGAAGGUUUGGCCAUCAAGAAUGCGGUGGGGAUGUCACAGAGCCAGGAGAGCAUUGACACCCGGUCCAGAGGUUCUGGACGCUCACAGGAGCCUCCUACAGCCUCCAUCACCCCCCAGAACUGGUCCCAGGAGAGCCUGGAAGGCAGCCCGGCCAAGGAGAGGAAUCUUCCUGAGGGAUGGGACCAGAGGCCCCUACAGCAGCAGCCUCUGCCAAAACAGGUUCCUCUGGGUACGGCCACUGUGUUCAAGUACCCGACCAUCCCAGCAAAGCCCAAACUGCCUGGAUCCCAAGGCUCCUCCCCUCACGGCUCCCCAACCCUGAAGGGGUUCAGUUACCUGCAUUCUCAGUGCGGUUCCACAGACCUGAACUCGUCUCCCAGACACGAGAACCACGCUAUGACCCUGACACCACCCAACAAGCGCACCCAGAGCAUGACCCGCUACGCUCUGUCGGACGGAGAGCCCGACGAGGAUGACGAGGAGCUGAUGCGUGCUGGAAACGUGCCAUCUUACGCCACUUUAACGCGCAAGCCCGGCCGCAGCCAGCUGGCUCGACUGCACCCAAGUCCAGACAAAAAUGGUAACGUGGGACGCAGUCAGUCGUUUGCUGUCCGUGCCCGGAAAAAAGGUCCCCCUCCUCCUCCCCCGAAGAGACUGAGCUCAGUGAGCAGCACCACCAGUGGCGAGCUAAGCGACAGCAGCACGACUUCGUCCUCUGGCGGCGUAGUGACUGACAGUCCGGGGAGUGUGCGCAGCAUCACAGCUUCCCUGGAAAGCGGCGCAGAGGGGAAGAGCAUGUCAGGGUCCUCACCAGAUAUUGUGCGGCACGAGGCUCUAUCUCCCUCCCUCAGCUCCGAGGCUGCAGGAGUAAGGAGGAGGGUGAAGAGCCAGUGUGUUUCCACCGAGAACAACGGCAGCACUAAACAGGACCGAGGGGUCAAAUCAGACUCCGAGGAAGAAGAGUCAAAAGGUCAUGGACUGGAACGCUCCUCUUCACCUCAAAACAGCUCCAGCGAGUGCAUCCCCUUUGCCGAAGAGGGCAACCUGACCAUCAAACAGAGGCCCAAAGCUCCAGGUCCACCCAGGGCCGAGACCGUGCUGGAGCCUCCUGAUAAGCCAGCGGCCAAGAAUCUGGAGGUGCCGGAGUUUAAUCUGAAGGAGUCGGACACGGUGAAGCGCCGGCACAAACCCAAAGACAAGGAGCAGGGAGGAGGGUCCCCCAGCAGAGAGGGAACAGGGGACACCGAGCCUGAGUCUGGCAGCAGCAGGCCUCCAUCCCAGAACCCGGAGGUCAGUCUAAGAAUCAGUGAGACCAGCGUGGAGAGGCCAGCCAGUCCAGCAACCGGUUCCCCCAUUAAACCUCCUCUCUCCCCAAAACCUGCUGUCGCCCCAAAACCUGUCCGGCACAGUCUGCUGGCUUCACAGGGACUCUUGUCUCCUACUGUGACCGUCAGUGUGGUUCAAAGUCUGGCCUUCACCUCUCCAUCCUCACCCGCCCACGGGCCUCCAGCUCCAUCCACUCAGGCCCCCCAGAGCCCGUCUCUGGCAGCUGGGAGGUCUCACAUAUAUGCAUUGGGUCCAGGUCUUCCCCCUCAGCCGUCUGUGGGGGUGGAGGUGGCUCAGCAGAGACUGGAUCAGACCAGCACAUCUCUGGCAGCAGCUCUAAAAGACGUUGAGAGAAAACUGACCGUGGAGAACAGCCCUGACAGUGGAGCGAACCAAGUGAGGUCUGCAGGAACCAUUUUGGAUGACAUCGGCAACAUGUUCGAUGACCUCGCCGACCAGCUGGACGCCAUGUUGGACUGAAAUAAACAGAAAGUCCAAUGUAAACCUCAGGAAGUGACAUAUGGAUUACGAAAAGGGCCUGCCCAGUGGGAGGAGCUACUGUCUCAGCCUGAACACCAGCACUUAGUCAAACAAAGUCGUCUACAUUUCUAACCCACAGCUGUGUCUGGUUUCUGGUUCCAGGUCGGCGCGGAUCUUUGGUGUCUUUUCAAAGAUAAACUAAGCUAACGUAGAAGGAGCACAGUGCACAGAGAAACCCUGAGCUGAGUAUCACUGUUAAACACGAAUACUGUAACGUGAAUUUUUAUGCUUCGGACGUCAAAGGGCACCCAAGUCUCGCCAUCACCUGCUGAACAGCGCCUGCUCCAGCAGCUUCCUGAUGCAAGACCUGCUGCAGACCAUAAUACUGGUUACCAGUCAGAAUGAUUAAUAUUUGUAGGCUGAUGAUGAAUUAUGCCUGCAUGUAUGAAAUAAGAGUCGAGUUCAUGGUUGGUACCAUCUUUGCUGUCUGGAGCUGGGACCUUCCUGCUAGUAAUACUGAAUAAAUGUUGGAAACUCAUCGUGCUACCCCAACUGAAGCAGCUGAGUGGAACCAGAACCAGUUAGUUCUUACGUAAUAAAGACUCCGGCGGGCAGAGACGAGGUAAGCUCAGAAACUGACUCUUUCAUUCAGUGGCCUUCCGUUAACCCGAGGAUCGUACUACCAGAGCAGUCAUUUCCAAAUCAAGCAAAUGAAUCAUCAGAGGUCCCAAACUAAGCAACGGCAAACCACACCGACUGUAAGUGGGAAAUGAGACUAUUGACUGUGUAUUUCUGCAGGGAAGCUGAUGCCUUUUCCUUUUUUUAACCAGCAUCUAUUGGCAUCAGUGUCACUGCAUUAUAAAACACGUCCCCUGAAUUUUUUUUUCAGCAGUGGUAGCUACUGUCAUAGAGCACUGGCACCAUCUGUGGAACUUUUUGGCCUCUUUUAGCUCCUAGUUUUGGUUUCUGGAACAUUUCGUGUUUGAGUUUCCAGUAGCCGUACAGAAAACUCGUACUUGCUCAACAUCAUUUCCCUCAGGCGGUGGAGACCAAAAAUGGAGCUAAAAGAGAAUGGGGACAACACGUAUAGUCAAUAUGUGCCACCUGUGAGGUUCCCAAUCAGUAAGUGUAAACUUUUAAAAUGAAAUUUAUUUUCAAGUGACCAUUUAAAUAUAACUUUAUAUGCAAGCAGACUGAAUUUUCUGCUCAUUUCCUUUGACUGUGCUCAAAACCUCUCAUUCGUGUUCCUGAAAUCGGGAACUGUUGUAACCUGAAUUUCUGUCGUUAUCGUACUUUGUUUUCUUGCUGCUGAAACAAAACCUGGAUGGUCUUUGACUGGUUUUAGUGUGUUGAACCAUUUCAAAUUUUACCUUUGUAAUAUUUAAAGAAAUCUAUUUUAUACAGAUAUUAACCCGGUGUAAUAAGUUCCCGCUCAGUGUGUCUGCGAUGGUUAAAAAGACCCUUUUUCUACGCAUAUGUGUGUUUAUGAACACCUGUAAAAGUGCUCAACUGUGUUGUUUGUUCAAAGGGAAGAAAAGCAUAUUAAGCUCAUUUCACGUGUGGACAGCUGACAGCAGCAUGGGACACUUAUAUAUACAUGUUAUUUUUUAUAUUCAUUUUAGCCAAAUUAGUAUUUAAAUUAGCGUUAUCUAAAUAUGUAUAUUGUACACUAGUAGAGAUAUAUACAGGAGUACGUAUCCAACCAAAGGUCUGUACAGAUUUUCAUAAACAUUUCCUUUAAAAGAAAAUGAGUGAAAUUUGGAGCUGUUACCCAUCUCGUUAUUGUAAGAUGCUUAUGAAAUGUUAUUUUUGUGUCUAGCCUGCAGUGUAUGGAUACAGUGUCCAUAUUUAGCAUGCCAUGCUUGCUCUGAAUGUUUCAUUUGUGUUGACCCUGCGCUGACUGUUGUUGUCCCGUUGUUUUGUGGUAUCUUUGUGAAUGAGAUGCUCGGCUUUGGAUUUGUGAUUCUCAGGAAAAUCCCUGAAUGCAUGGCUGCUCCAUGACUCCUGUUCCCAAUAUGACAGAUUUAAAAUGCCAGACUAAGAUUUCCAUCUCAGCUGGCCAAACAGAUGGCAGCAGUACCACUGUUGUUUUGCUUAUUGGUAAAUCUUAAAAGGUUAGCAGCUCUGUGAUAUAAAACUUUUGCUGAAACGUGUUUGAAAUCAAAGUAACGUUCCCACUGUGGCUGGAUUACUGGUAAAUACUCCAUUCAGGGCCAGUAACAAAAAAAAGGUUUUAAGGUGGUGUUUGAAGUUUAACAUAGCUAUUUAUGAAGCACCCAAGCACUAACAUCCUUAACAGGUGUUACACACACAUAUAGAGCUGGAUAUCAUCAGCACAGAGGGUCAUGCAGCUGUAUUUUCAGAUAUUUGACUGUACGGGGCAAAUAAAGAGGACCCAGGAGGAUUCCCUGAGGAGUUCCCCACAAUAACGAUAGGCCAGUGCAUUCGUUAUGACAUGUCACCUUUUUAACAUUUUAGCAAUAAUUUUAAGCCUUUCACACAACCUGCUGUUGUCCGUCAACAUUUUAUAUCAGAGCUUAAACGUGUUACUUUAUUCCUUUACCUUACAGAGCUGUGUUGGAAAAACAGAAUCACUGAAACAUGAUGUAAAAGUAAUAUCUUCAAAAAUAAUCUCCAGAAACAGUAAAUAUGUAAUGGGUCAAAGUGUAGUGUGUUGUUGACCUGGAUGAUAUCUGUGUGUGCGCUGCUGCUUUUUUUGGAUGUUCUUUUGUCUUCUGAGCUGUUUGUUUAACCAUUAAAUAUACAUACUGUCCUGA